GUGUAACGCGCACUGACGAGUCAGCACAAAGCAGCGGAGAGCGCGCCGGGAGCAGCGCACACAGCGAUGAAAUGCUCCCAGGGAAAAGGACGCAAAUGGACAGCCUCGUUCAGCCGCUUGUCGCCCAGUACCUCGCCAUGGGAUGUCAGGCAAAAGAGAACAACCCGAACCAAAAUAUAACAACUGAGGGCAAAGAUGACACGAAAGUGGCUCCGGGAUGUGGGUCCAAAUCUAGAGUUUCUCCUCCGGGAAGAACUCACCGCUUCCACAGGCACACUCCGACUCAGAACGCUCCCAGCAAACCCAACAUGCCUCUGGGCCACCUCACCAAGGGGGCCAGCUGGGACGAGAUCAUCCAGGCCUGUCUGCAGUCCUUUGAUUCAAACGGCUGCCUUACUGGGAGCAGCCAUCUGUUGAACAUCACACUGACCAUGCACCGGCUCCUCAUGUCUCCCGAUGACCUUCUGGACAAACUAAUCUCUCUAUUUAAAACUGCGAUGGACAAUGAAGAACCAGCGGAGUGUAAAAAGAUCUGCUUCCUCAUCAGACACUGGAUCCAGGAGUUUUGGAUGAUGUUCCGCCUGCACCACAGCCUGACCGACAGCUUGGACCAGUUUCGUGAGCUCCUCCGAGAGCAGGGCCAGGAGAGUCUCUGCUCACUCCUCGAGACCAAAUGGAUAAAUGAAAGAGACUGGUCAUGGAAAGCAAGCACCAAAAUCAAAGCCAACAGCAGUAAAAAAAGGAAGGUGUCUCUGCUUUUCGAUCACUUGGAGCCAGACGAGUUGGCAGAGCACCUCACCUACCUGGAGUUUAAGUCUUUUUGCAGAAUAUCAUUUAUGGACUAUCAGAGCUACAUUCGUAAGUGCUGCUUGAAGGACAUCCCUGUGAUGGAGCGGUCUAUUGCCCUGUGUAACGGUGUGUCUCAGUGGGUGCAGCUGAUGGUGCUGAGCAGACCCACAGCACAGCUCAGAGCAGAGGUCUUCACCAAGUUCAUCCAUGUGGCACAGAGUCUCCAUGUCAUGCACAACUUCAACACACUAAUGGCUGUGGUGGGAGGCCUUUGCCACAGCUCCAUCUCCAGACUGAAGGACACCACCUCACACGUGCCCAGUGAAGUCACCAAGGUACUGAAUGAGAUGACCGACCUCCUCUCCUCCCGCCGAAACUACGACAACUAUCGCCAGGCUUACAACAAAGUGACUGGCUUCAAAAUCCCCAUUCUGGGUGUACACCUCAAAGACCUGAUCUCUGUGAACGAGGCCAUGUCGGACUAUGUGGAGGACAACAAGGUCAAUGUCCAGAAGCUCCAAGCUCUCUACAACCACAUCAAUGAACUGAUCCAGCUCCAGCAAACCCCCCCCAGGCUGGACGCUAACAAAGACCUUGUGCAUCUACUGACCCUGUCUUUGGACCUAUAUUACACUGAAGAUGAUAUUUAUGAGCUGUCGUAUACAAGAGAGCCCAAGAACUGUAAAGCACCUCCAGCCACCCCCUCUAGACCUCCAGUGGUUGUGGACUGGGCAUCCGGAGUGUCCCCCAAACCGGACCCCCGAACCAUCAGCAAACAUGUGCAGAGAAUGGUUGACUCUGUGUUUAAGAAUUAUGAUCACGACGAGAACGGCUUCAUCUCUCAAGGGGAUUUUGAGAAAAUUGCUGCUAGCUUUCCAUUUUCCUUCUGUGUCAUGGAUAAAGAGAAGGAGGGCAUGGUCAACAGGGAGGAGAUUACUGCUUAUUUCUUGAGAGCAAGUGUCAUCUGCUCCAAACUGGGCCUUGGCUUUGUGCACAACUUUCAGGAAACCACUUAUAUGAAGCCUACAUUCUGUGACAACUGCUCAGGAUUUUUAUGGGGUGUCAUUAAACAAGGCUACAGAUGCAAAGAUUGUGGGAUGAACUGCCACAAGCUCUGCAAGGACCAGGUGGCGUUCGAAUGCAAGAAAAACACCAAAGUAGCCAGCGCCAUCGACAGUCCCACUUUCAGCACCACGUCUGUCACCACGGGAACUUCAGAGGUUUCAGAGGACUGUCCGUUCCCAUAUCCAGAUGAGAUCAAAUACUGGAGCCCCUCUUCUCCUGUGCCUCCUCCAGUCCGGCUUCAGAGGGUUCACUGUGGGACACAGACAGACCUGACCCCAGUCACCUCCCCUGUGCAUGAACCUGCUCUGCUGGUCCCUGCCACAACCCCCACCCUGAGCUCCUGCCCCAGCCCCGUGCCUCAGAGGAAACAGCGCCACUGUGCCAAGUGGGAGAACCGCGCUUCAGUGCAUCAGAAAACUAAGGAUUCAGAUGAAGAGAGCAAACCCACAUAUGAAACACUUGAGGCAGAGAACCAGCGACUUCAGAAAGUCAAUGAGGGUCUGCGCAGGAAGCUGAAGGAGACGGAGAGAGAGGUGGACAUCCUAAAGACACUGCUGAAGAGACAUGCUUUGCACCCAGUGGAGGAGGACUCCUCUUCAUAAGCACACAUACAGUAUACAGCCAACUACAUUCAGUACUGGGAUUGCAUUCAUACUGCAGGCCUAUGAUAAUAGAGUGUGAUGUGGAACCAUAGAACCAGUGCACAUGUACUGACAAAAUAUAACUAGUUAUAAAGCUAAAGGGAGCUCAGUUGUGAGGUUUUCUGGUUAAAACGAUGGUGCUUUACCACUAGUGAAGGUAGAUGUAACUGUUCAUAGAGUGUGAUGGAGAGUUACUUUUUAAAGAAGAGUUUUAAAACUUACAGCUGUUCAGUAUGAUUGCCAUUGUUACUUGCACCUCACUCAAUCUCAUGUUACCUAUUUUUAGUAGAAACACUGUGUUCAAACUACAGAUCUAAUCUGUGGUACACAUAAAAUGAUGUAUAUAAGGUUUGUUCUGCAGGGGAAGUGGAGUAUGUUUUUCAUAUUAAAAUGCCAUGAUGCCAUAGUGAAUGAUAAGCCACAAAUCUCUUAAGUGCAAUAUAAAAAGUGUCAUGCAUUCUGGGGCCUGCAGCCAAAUCUGUGCAGCUGUUCUGUACUUUUGUUCAUAUGAAGGUUAUGUUCAUAUUUAUUGUCUAAAACACUACAUUAUGUCAUGUUUUGUAUACUGGUACUUUGAAAUAUUUAUCUUUGUUUGUGCCAGCAUCUUAGUGGACCUUUUGGGGUUUUUACAAUGUAUUUGUACAAUUAUAAUAAUUACCAUGUGAUUGUUUUAAAAGUGACGUACUGUGAAUGUAAAUGUGGACUGUACAUAGCAUAUUUACUGUGCCAGUGUAUGGAAGUGCCAUCUUUAUUAAUGCUAUUUCUCUCAGUAUUAUGGAUCUUCUAAUAAAGAAAUUGAAAUAUA